AUGGAAAUGAACUCCCCCCACGAAAAGGCGGUGCAAGCUAUCAUGUAUGGCCAUAGAUGUGCCUUGCGGUUGAAGGUCCGGCUUGACGAUCCAAUGGCUGACAAUGGAUCGGUUUCAACUUAUGAUCUUGCUAAAUCGAUCGUCAGUUGUUUCUCCGAUGCCAUCUCAAUCUUAUCCGAUAAACCAAAAUCCGAGGAUGAUCAAUUUUCUGAUUUAUCUUCAAGGGAUUCUUCUCCUCCUCCUACUCCCCAGAGAAACCAAUCCAAGAAAAGAAAGAUUAAUCAUAGUGGUACUAAUUCAAGUGAGAAUUGGAGGGACGAUUCACCGGCUCCGAUCUACUACGACGGAUUUCUUUGGAGGAAAUACGGUCAAAAGUCUAUAAAAAAAUCUGUUCACCAAAGGAGCUACUAUAGAUGUUCUUACAACAUAGAUCAUGACUGCGGAGCAAGAAAGCAUGAACAGAAGAUCAAAGACAAUCCUCCGGUUUACCGAACCACUUACUUCGGCCACCACACUUGCAAAACCACUCAUAACCAAGAUCACUUAUUCACUGCCGUUCAAGAUCAAGUCGAUGAUUUGGAAAGUGCCCGGAUGAUCCGUUUCGGAGAAGAUCUUGUUCAGGAUAAAGAAAGCCACACGAGAGGUUUCUCCUUAUCGGCUAAGCAUGAAGAAGAUACCAUCAAAGAGGAAACCAUGGAUCAGUGCCGUGUGAUAACCGGUGAUGAUCAAGAUUGUCAACAUGUGAUGGAAGAGAAUCAGUCGUCACCAUCAGGUUCUUACACUCCUCCGUCGUCUUCAGGCAGUGAAAGUGUCAUGUGUGAUUCAGAUCUGUUAGUGGACAACUUAGCUUCGUGGGAUUUUUAUAAUCAGUUUGACUUGGAUUGCGCUAGAUUUUUCAGCUAA